AAAGUGAAGGUACUCUUCGUACGACGAUGCAUACAACGAUUGACCAUCGUACAAGUCGCUUGAUCGACUUUCACUAGCACAUGUUUGUGUUCUUUGAGUCAAAAACACUCUAAUAAAAUAAAACAGGGCCAAUGCUAGGAUGACUGGUCAUCGAAACUUGCCGGUAUUUGUGACAGUGAAACGAGAAAGUGUGGUGAUUAUUGUUCUUUGUUAUUAUCUUCUUUUCUUCGCGUUUACCGGUGCUUAUGGCGAAGACGUCAAAGAAAAGAAAAAACCAGAGACGGUUCAGGACCUUUUUAACACCUCCUCCUGCAUCCCUAGACCCUACAGGUGUCCUCACCGACAAAUUCAAUUUUUCUUAUACACAAGGCGGACSCAGAAAAAUCCGGAGCUGAUAGACACAACCAAAGAAGAGUCGUUAUACAAUAGUCAAUUUAAUAGAAUUAAUCCAACAAAAAUUGUGAUUCAUGGGUUUGGCGGUGGAAGGAAUUUGUCACCUAGUACUGAUAUGAGAGACGCCUAUUUCUACAGAGGAAACUACAAUAUUAUCAUUGUGGAUUACGGGACUCUAGUCCGGGAGCCAUGUCUAAAGCAAAUGGAAUGGGCGCCCCGCUUCUGCGCUAAAUGCAUCGCCCAACUCAUCAAUUAUUUAACCCAUCAUCCCAGAGGUGUAAGAGCCGAUGACUUGCAUUUAGUCGGCUAUAGUGUCGGUGCUCACAUUGCUGGUCUCGUUGCAAAUUAUCUCAAUCCCAUCGAACACGGGAAACUGGGUCGAAUUACCGGCUUGGACCCCACUAUCGUAUUCUACAUGGGCAGUAACAGAUCGCGGGAUUUGGAUUAUACAGAUGCUCAUUUUGUUGAUGUUUUACACACAGGGGCCGGAAUUUUGGGACAAUGGGGGCCCACAGGACAUGCGGAUUUUUAUAUAAAUGGAGGAUCGAGUCAGCCGGGAUGCGGCAGUGAUACCAUUUUCAAAACCUUAGCUUGCGAUCAUACUAAAGUAACACCGUAUUUUAUUGAGUCUAUUGUUACAAAAAAAGGAUUUUGGGCGUACCCUUGUCCAACCUUGUUAAGUUUUAUGACGGGUUUUUGUAGCCCUAAAGAUGAAGAAUAUGUAUUAAUGGGCGAACAUGUAACACAUGAGGCUCGUGGGAUUUAUUACGUGAGCACAAAUCCGCAUCCGCCUUAUGCACAAGGGCCUCCAAAAAAACAAAUUGGAAGAAGAGGUCUCCUCAAUCGACUGUUCUAAGUUUUAGGUACUUAAAAAUGCCAAAACCUGAGAGUAAACUAAAAUUGCAAAUAAAAAUUGCAACUACGUAUGUGGUGCUGGCGCAAUUUAUUGCGUCUUUCAUGAUUAGCCAGUAGUUUUUUUUGUAAUUAAAAGUUUGCCAUUAGGUACUAGAACUAAUAAUUUAUUGUAGUUCUUAGACGUACUUGUAAUAUUUUUGUUAAUAAAAUUUGAAAAAAC